AUGCCCGAUUCUCGACUGCUCAGCUCCUACGUGUUGGUACCAAGAACAUCGAGAUCGCCUGACCUUCACCUGGUACCAACGGUUUCACCUCAGAGCCCUCCAGGCACUCCACCAUUCCAGAAAAUAUGUGAAAAGGUUGAAAUACAGAAUGGUUAUUUCUAUGAAAGUGAAAACAGAUUUAAUUUAAGUGAAGAAGCAACAUAUAGGUGUCAGAUUGGUUACACGACUCCAGAAGGAAAUGAGGUGGGGAAGACACAGUGCCUUCAAAAAAGAUGGAUUCCUUUCCCAAAGUGCAUCAAUGUAACAUGUGGCGCUCCACCUGAAGUUACCAAUGCUACUAUUGUAAAUAAUGAGGAGGGAAGGUAUCUGCCUGGUGCUAGCGUGCAAUAUAAAUGUCAGGAAGGAUUUGAAAGUAUGGGAUUGAAUGAUGUAAUUUGUGAAGAUGGAGAAUGGUCACAACCACCAACUUGCCAAGAUGUAACAUGUGGCUCUCCACCUGAAGUUACCAAUGCUACUAUUGUAACUAAUGAGGAGGGAAGGUAUCUGCCUGGUGCUAGAGUGCAAUAUAAAUGUCAGGAAGGAUUUGAAAGUAUGGGAUUGAAUGAUGUAAUUUGUGAAGAUGGAGAAUGGUCACAACCACCAACUUGCCAAGAUGUAACAUGUGGCGCUCCACCUGAAGUUACCAAUGCUACUAUUGUAAAUAAUGAGGAGGGAAGGUAUCUGCCUGGUGCUAGCGUGCAAUAUAAAUGUCAGGAAGGAUUUGAAAGUAUGGGAUUGAAUGAUGUAACUUGUGAAGAUGGAGAAUGGUCACAACCACCAACUUGCCAAGAGGCUGCUGGAAAGUGUGGGUACCCACCAGCUAUUGAUAAUGGAGAAAUUAUGGUCUUUCCACAGGAAGAAUAUGAACCAGGUUCAAAAGUGGAAUACAAAUGUCAACGUUUUUAUAGAAUGAAUGGAUCUGCAUCUGUUAGCUGUGAGUCUGGCCAAUGGACAGACCCACCAGUUUGCUUAGAGCCAUGUACAACAUCCCCAGAAGUGAUAGAGAAAAACAACAUUAGGCUGAGAUGGAGGACGGAAAUGAAAUUAUAUUUAGAAAGUGGAGCUUUUAUUGAAUUUGACUGUAAAAAUGGAUACGUGAGCAAUCUACCUUCUUCUGCAUUUAGAGUACAGUGUGUGGAGGGGAAAUUGGCAUAUCCUAAAUGUAAGAGAAGCGUGCCAUGUACAACAUCCCCAGAAAUGAUAGAGAAAAACAACAUUAGGCUGAGAUGGAGGACGGAAAUGAAAUUAUAUUUAGAAAGUGGAGCUUUUAUUGAAUUUGACUGUAAAAAUGGAUAUGUGAGCAAUCUACCUUCUUCUGCAUUUAGAGUACAGUGUGUGGAGGGGAAAUUGGCAUAUCCUAAAUGUAAGAGAAGUGAGUUAUGUAUAACAUCCCCAGAAGAUAUGGAGAAAAACAAUAUUGGGCUGAAAUGGAGCUUGGAAACAAGACUGAAUUUAGAAAGUGGAGACUUUGUUGAAUUUGACUGUAAAAAUGGAUAUGUGAGGGAUCCAGCAUCUUCUGCAUUUAGAGUACAGUGUGUGGAGGGGAAAUUGGCAUAUCCUAAGUGUAAGAGAAGAGAUGCAGAGGAAGAGAAAGAGUAUCUCUCCACCACAGGUGGAGCCAUUCUUUCUGGAGUUCUGGAAGGUCCUGCAGUAUCCUGCACUGGCAUUGAGCUGAUAGAUAUAACUGGACCUGAGGCCAAAUGCUUCCUAGUAGAGGCCAGCAACAGUGGCUCUGGCUAG